UUGGUGAAGACAAAAACAAAACAAAAAAGAAAGAAAGAAAAAACGUAAAAAAGGACAAUCCACCAAACCAUAACCCAAAUCGAAUUUGCACACAAGUGUGUUGUUCGUGUCAUUGUCGCCGUCGUCGUCCUUCUGUCGGUGUUGGUGUGUCGCCACGGUUCUUGGUCUGUUCGCCGUAUAAUGUUUGUUGUUCACAAGCGUAGUGUUGUUCGUGGUGACGGAGGUGGCGGUGCAUUGCCACUAAACUUCCAGAGGAUGUUUGUGUUGUGCGGUUUUCUGUUGCUGGUGCCACAAUUGGCGUCGUCAUCGAUAUUGUCCAAGUUGAGCGAGGACCCCGAUUUGUCACAGACUGCAUCACUAAGGAAACUAAUGCCUGUUAGGUUUUAUAGUCUAUUGGAACAGAAUCAAAUUGCCAAUUCCACAUUAUCCUUGAGAGCCUGUACACUGUUCGUACCUACAAAUGAGGCAUUCCAGCGUCACAAGAACAAGGCCACGUAUGUCCUUUAUCACAUGGCUACCGUUGCCAUGACUCAGGAUCAAUUAACAAAGACCAUACCAUCCGAUAUGGAUGGUAAUCCUCCAUUGUAUAUAACGAAGAAUCGUAAUGGUGAUAUUUAUGUGAACAAUGCCCGCAUUAUACCAUCAUUGUCGGUGGAAAUGACCAAUAACGAGGGUAAAAGACAGGUGAUGCAUAUUAUUGACGAAGUUUUAGUACCCCUUACACCGCUGCCUAAUACUAAAACGGAAAUCACCAAUCCAGAUGCAUUUCAAUUCUUGCAGCAGUCUGAUUUACUUGACAUUGGAGAAGAUCAUCGUUUAAGAGUCUAUCGUUCUCAAGUCACUCUAAAAGGCAAGGAAAAUUUAUUCCAAUCACCUGGUGGACAUACAUUCCUUAUACCAGUUGAUGAAGGUUUCAAGGCUACUGCCCGCAGCAGUUUAGUGGAUAAAAAAGUUAUCGACGGACAUGUCCUAUUAAACAAUGUGAUAUUUACUGCGGCCGCACCCAUUGAAGUGCCACAAACCACUGCCGCUUUCGAGGAUAAUAUAAAGGUUACAGUGACUUUCUUCAAAGAAAAGAAUGGCAUAAUGUAUGUGAAAUCGAAUACUUUGCUGGGCGAUAACAAACACGCCACCGGUGUGGUAUUGUCGGAAAUUGUGGCCGCCAAUAUUCCUGUACGUAAUGGCGUUGUCCAUUUAAUAAAACGUCCUUUGAUGAUUGUCGAUACAACGGUAACGGAAUUCUUGCAGGUAAGUCCAAAUGAACAUGGAGCUUUGAAGGCAUUCUUCGAUACAAUCAUGGCCAAUGGUGGCUAUGUUCUGAAUGACAUUAAAAACUACAGCAAGGUCACAAUUCUGGCACCAAGCAAUGAGGCUUGGGAAAAUCCUGCCAUUGAACAUAUUAGAAACAACACAGAAAGAAUGCGUGAAAUUUUGAAUAUGCACAUCAUUCGGGAUCCUUUGAAUAUUGAAAACAUCAAAGAAAAGAAUCAAAAUAUGAUUGCCCAGGUGCCCACACUUAGCAACCACACUUUCCUCUACUUCAACAUUAAUGGCGAGGGUGAAGAUGAAGUCAUCACUGUGGAAGGUGGUGGCGUUAAUGCCACAAUUGUUCAAGCCGAUGUUGCCAACACCAAUGGUUUCGUUCACAUCAUUGACAAAGUUUUGGGUAUCCCCUCCACAACCGUGUUGGGCAAAAUGGAAAGUGACCCCAUGUUAAGCGACACCUACAAAAUGGGUCAAUUCUCCUCCUUCAACGAGCAGUUGAACAACACAAAUAGGCACUUUACUUACUUCGUGCCACGCGACAAGGGCUGGCAGAAAAUUGAAUUGGACCAUCCUUCGGUGCACAAGAAAUUGUUCAUGAGAGAUUUUGCCUAUCACUCACGUGCUGUUUUGGAACGUCAUUUGGUCAUUGCCGAUCAGGUGUAUACAAUGAAAGAUUUGGUUGCCAUGUCAAAACAAAAUGACUCAAUUCGCUUGCCCACAUUUAGAGAUUCACUUAAAAUUCGUGUUGAAGAAGAGGCUGGACAUCUUCAUGAUGAGUUUGCUUCUCAUGAAUGGAACGGCUAUGUCAUCAUUUGGAAUCACAAAAAAAUCAAUGUCUAUCGCCCCGAUGUGGAGUGCAUCAAUGGCAUUAUCCACGUGAUCGACUAUCCCAUGUUGGAGGAGAAGGAUGUCGUCGCGAGCGGAGGUAGUUAUCAGAUAAAGACUAACUUCUGCAUAUUGUUUGCAAAUCUCUUCAUUAUAGCAAUAGCAAAAAUUCUUUUCUAAACCAAAAAAAAAAAAAAAACAAAUGUCUUUCUAAAAACAAUAACAACAAACUCCUAAAAUAUAAAUAUUUAAAUCAUAAAAAUCCAUUAAAC